UCAUGGUUCAGAAGUUUCAUUGAUACCCUCUACUGAGCAAUGAAUGAUGUUUGUGUAAAAAUGACGUUUCACCGUUGCGCCGAAUUCAUUUGUUAAACUACAAAAGACCAGAAAGUUUAAAAGAACAUAAUCUCAUUGUUUGUUCAUACACUGCCAGGACCAACGUCCGCGUUCAGUACAAAUUCCAAUUUUGAGGUUUUGUUAUUUCGACUUUACUUGGCUCUAACUAAGCUUACAUACUAACUAAGCGAACAAUACUUUGACUAGCUUACAACUGUUUUCAAAUAUAGGUCAAAAUACAGCUCCUUUGCCUUUCUGCUAUUUUCUGCACCAGUUUUGUCAUAUUUGGUCUUAAUUGAAGAUGAUGUCCUCAUUCGCGAGUCCUUGGUUAGGGCUGGCUCUGGUUGGCUUGAUUCUAGGGGCACUGAUAGGUGUUCUGGCUCUUCUCCUGCUCUCCAGAUAUUCUUGCCGCUGUCGGCUUCCCGUUUUGCGGAAAGAGUCCGAGGCGUCCGACCAAAAGGUUUUCUUCACAGAUACUCCUGCUGCAUCCGAAAACAGCAAAGCCAGUACAUUGGAAAAGGAAUAUAUAAUGCAAAGCUUCGAAAACUCUCGCCUUGAGUUCCAGGAUAUCCGCAGUGAAAACAUUUCAAAGACACAAGAAGUUUUGGUUACCGACUCGCCAAAACCGACGAACACGAGAAACCCGACUUCAGCUCAGUCACCGAGCUACGACAUGGCAUCGAUCGACUGUUCUGUCGUGUCAAUUGGAUCCUGUCUCACCCUUGAAAGCCAAAACAGCACCGUGACCUAUCCUAAAUACAGAACAGACAGUCUGAAUAAUAUUCUAGAAGAUUCCUCCAGUGUCAUGUCUUUCCGAAAUGAAAUGAACAAUUUGAAGAAUUCGAAUAUUCUGAACAUCCAAAUGUCGGAUGAAAAUGAAGCCAUGAAGAGCUAUUACAGUCAGUAUGAUGAUGUUUUCGCGUCAGCUAACGACUGCCUUUAGACUUUCCCAUCUGCAUUUAAUUUAAGAAUUUAAAGCUAUUUUUGUAAGUUCUUGAAAUUUAAUUUUACAACUCAA